AUGGCUCUUGUUGCUACCCCACAUCCCUUGCUUGUUCAUGACAUUGAGAAAGAUACAGUACAUAUAAGUGAUGACUUUAAAACAAGUAUUCAAUCUUUAAUUGAUACUUUAGAGAUAAGAUCAAAGCAAAUAUAUUCAAUUCAGAGUUUAUCUUCAAAAUUCCAUUUCCAUAAGAGAAGAUUAUAUGAUGUUCUUAAUGUUUAUGAAUCAAUUGGAAUUUGCAAGAAAUUGAGUGUUGAUUCAUUGCUAUGGUUAGGAUUUUCUAACAUCCAUCCAACGGUUAAUAGCAUUGCAAUCCAGAAUCAUGUAUUUGACAGUGAUUUUAACAUGGAUGAUCUUGCUUUAUCAGACCCAUGCAUCACAAUUGCUUUGCUGACACAGAGAUUCUUAUUGUUGUUCACAACUCUUAAUUCCCACAGUCUUGAUAUCAAGCAAUGCGCUAAGUAUUUAUCAAUGAAGAAUGAUAAAUACAAAACAACACUUUGCAAGUUGUAUCAGAUUACUUAUAUAUUAGAGUCUUCGAAUAUUAUCAGCAAGUCUCAGAAACCAGGAGAAGUUGUCUUAUCCAAACAAUACUUUGUUGAAGAGGCAACUGAAGAACCUUCUCCAAUUGACAUCUUCUCUGUCCAGUCACUUCUCAAUAACCACGAAACUCCAAAGACAUUAUACACAGACAGAAGGAAACACUUUGAAGAAGAAACAAUGACAGAGAGACAGAAGUACUUCUCCUUCCUUAGCAAUGCAUCUUUCUUACAACAGUUAGUUGCAUAA